AUGUCGGCCCAAACUAUUCCUGUCACUUUUAGUGAUAUCGGCAAGUCAGCCAAUGAUCUUUUGAGCAAAGACUUUCCCGUAGGGCUUAAACUUGAGGCUAAAACAAACACUAAUACUGGUGUGACAUUUACUGUUAAUGGACAAAGAGAUACAAAAACUGGUACUAUUCAUGGUGACCUCAAAACCAAGUAUAUCUAUCCAAAAAAUGGUGUAACUUUUACUGGAUCCUGGACAACUAGUAAUCAUCUGAAUGGACAGCUUGAACUUGAAAAUAAUGUCGCUAAAGGAUUAAAAUUGGAUAUUAUCACUUCAUUGCAACCGGCAAUCGGACAAAGAAACGCUAAGGCAGGAGUGAUUUUUAAACAGCCAGGAUUUCAUUCGAAGUUUUAUAUUGAUCUGUUUAAAGGACCAAUAUUCUAUGGAGAUGCUGUGAUUGGACAUGAAGGAUUUGUGCUAGGUGGUGAAGGAACUUAUGAUGUCAUGGAUGGAAAAGUAACUCGCUUUGGAGUAGCGGCUGGUUAUAAUGCUCCUGAAUAUAGUAUUGCUUUACGUACUUCAAAUUCAUUGAACAGUUAUACAGCCGCCGCUUAUCAUCGUGUUCAACCUGAUAUUGAAACUGGUGCUAAAUAUUCAUUGGAUCGUGAUACUUUCAUCAAGUCAAGGAUUGAUAAUUUUGGACGUCUCGGAUUAUCCUACACUCAAAACCUCAGACCUGGCGUCAAGAUUUCUUUGGGUGGAAUUGUUGAAACGUCUCGUCUUAAUGAAAAUGCUCACCGUUUUGGAAUUUCUCUUAAUCUGGAUUCUUAG